AAUGUUACGGAAAGUAUUACAACUUAUACUUCUCCUUCUUUUCAUCUCUGCUUCGGUCACUAUCCCAACUAACCAGCUUUUUCAGAACACAUUGAAACGAUGGGGCAUCAGACCACUUAGUGACCAAGAUCGAACGGAAAGAUGGAACCGGUUUAUGAAAGCAAAAGACUCCGUGGAACAGACCACAACGGAUGUGCUUCUUGAAAGUCUAAACAAGUUUACCGUUCUAAAUAAUAAAGAAUUUGAGUCUAUGGUCAGACCAUUGCUCCGAGGGUACAACAUGACAGAAGUUCUAGAAGACAUGUCAUCGUGGUCUCCUCAAACAAGAACUGGGAGGAGUAACAGGGGCAAGAGAUCGCUCCCUAAAACAUUCGACUACUGGGAGAAAGAAGUUGGACUGAGCGAACCUCAGGAUCAAGCUAGCUGUGGCAGUUGUUGGAGCUUUCCUAAUGUUGGGACUAUGGAAGCUUUGAACAAACAUUUGACGGGAGAUGACACAGUACUCUCAAAGCAAUAUUUCGUGGAUUGCACCUUUGAGUAUUCUGGAUGUGCAGGAGGGACAGUUAACGAAGGGUACAAAGUAACAAUGAUGAGACAAUAUGUUAUGUCAGAAGAUGACUGGCCCUAUACAGCGGACUACCAGACGUGCACGUUCGCGGAUGACAUAGCAAGUUAUAAAAACAACGCCUUGAAUAAGAUAUGGAUACAAGACUGGAUACCACUUGGUAAAAACGAAGACAGCAUGCUCCGAGGACUGCAGACUUCCCCGGUAGCAUUUGGAUCGUACAUAAGUGACAACAUCUUCGCUUACUCCGGAGGAACAUACAGCGAUGCACUAUGUGCCACUAAUUCUCUGCCUCAUGCGAUGUUACUAGUAGGAUACACUGAGACGACACUUCGUGUCAAAGCAAGCUACGGGGCACAUUUUGGAGAUGAGGGCUACAUCAACUACAAGCGCGGUGAUGGUAAUCUGCCUAGUUGCAGAUUCUACGACAACGCUUACAGUCUCACUGCCACUUACAGAAGAGAUGUGGAGUACGAGUAUUGUAACGACGGAAAAGUAGCGACUUACGAGCAGUGUAAAGCGUCCUGCCAAGACAUGGAUACAAAUGGUAAAACCGGCUGGGAUCUAGCAACCAUCCCCACCAAGAUGCACAACCAAAUCAUCAUGGACAAACUUGCAGUCGACUAUCCAGGAUCUAAGAAGAAUGACAGUUUUAACUACCUCUGGAUUGGAUUAGUAGAUGAAAACAAGGAUGAGAACUAUAAGUGGCUGGACAGUUUCACUCCCGUCAGCUACUUCAACAUGUCUAAUUCUAAUAUUGGAAACAAGUACGGGCUGAUUAACAAGAACACGGGUCAAUGGUUAACCAAGAACUCUCUAACCUUCCCAGCAAGGGGUCUCUGCAGUCGACCAAUAAACUGCUGGAACAUAGAAAAUGCUAUAAAGGAUGGGACAGUUAAAUUCAGCGAAGCAGAUUUAUCAGAAGGCACAGAGGCAACGAUAAAAUGUAAAGAGGGACAACUAGUAGGCGCAAACAAGCUGAAGUGUGUGGGGGGACAGUGGGAUUCAGAUCUUCCAACUUGUAGUAUUGGAGGAGCAUGUACGUACAGUGGAGAGGCAGGAACAAAAGCAACAAUCCAACCAAACAAGCUAGACUUCGAAAACGAAGAGAUGAUAACGAUCACCUGUACAAACGGGACUACAACCGAACAUAUUUGUACAAGCGGUGCUUUUAUCCCCAGAAUAGAUGAAUGUUAUGAUGACAAUAUUUCUAAUUCAGUGGUGGUUACUCUGUCGAUAAUAGUUGCUGUAAUGUCGGCUCUUCGCAUCCUAAUUUGAAGGAAACCGUAAACAUUUUGUUUUGAAAAAUUGAAGCCAUGUUGACCUAUGGAAUCUACUGCUAAUAAUACAUAUUAGUCAUUGUAGCAAAUGCAGUUAAUAUGACAUCUCUUUGAGACGACCAGGACUGUAAGGAAUCUUUAGAGUAAGAAAGAAAUCCAAUAUUUCUAGCUCAAAAACUAGCCAGCAAUUAAUUGAUUUCAAAUUUGUAUUUUCAUACUGAAAUGUUAAACUGAUUCAACUUUUGAUUGU